AUGGAAGAACUGCUGAAUAAUGAAACUCAAGCUAUCUUAUUCAACGACCUUGUACCACUCCCGUUUCGAAUAUUAGGUUUGAUCCAACUAGGUCUAGCUCUAUGGUUUUUCCUCAAUGUAAUAUUGUUUCGAUUCACAUCUUUAAAUUUACUCCAAUUGCUAAAUUUGUCGUACAGUCCUCACAAGUAUACUCAGUUGGAUGGUCCAGUGCUGGGCAGUGGAGAAUUUGCUACUUCUAUUCCUGCUGAUAGGCAUGAAAACACCCGUUUAAUUAGUGGCAUUUGGACUAUUUUGAGGGAAGUCACCAUAGUCAAUACAGUUAGUUGGGUUGCAUUUAAGUUGAUUCAGUACUUUGUGAAUGAUUGGAAAUUGUUGUAUUACGGUCUACUAAUUGUGGUGUUUAUUUUCGUAUUGAAUCGUAUUUUCCGUGGGAAACCACUGAUUAGCACGCCUGGUCAAGUACGCAUUUGGACCACGAUGAAGCGGGUAUUGCGAGGAGGAAUCAACUCACAAACGAUGAGAAGCAACGACAUCUUGAUCAGCGAUUCUUUGGUCUCGUUUGCUAAAGUGAUUAAUGAUUUUGGGUUAUUUGUGUGGAAUUACUACAUUGAUGAGAAUACCACGUACAACUAUAAAUUGGAAUUUGCUGUAUUGUGUAUCCCUACUUUGAUUCGGAUAAAGCAAUGUUGGUUUGAAUAUAAAUUGACGCAACAAGUGCAUCAUUUGCUAAAUUUGAUCAAGUAUGGUACUGGUUUUGGUCCACUCGUCGUCAACAUGUUGAUAAAAGCUACGUUGUUGACCAGUAGUGAUGAAGUCAAGCAGUCAGGUGCGUUCCUCCAUAGGUUAAACACAUUGAACUCGUGGUGGUACGCUUUACUGGCUUUGAAUUCAACUUAUUCCUUUAUCUGGGACAUCAAAAUGGAUUGGAAUUUGCAAUUGUUUAAUAAAUUGUUCAACCCAGGUUCCAAAUUCCACAUUUUGCGUAUCCACAAAUCAUUCCCAAACGGUGUCUAUUUCAUUGCAAUAGUCAUUGAUUUCCUGUUGAGGUUUAUUUGGAUGCUCAAAUAUUUCAUCAUAAAUGAACAGCUACACGAGUCACAGAUUAAACUCAUACACAUAUUCUCUACAUUUUUGUUUGGCUAUGAUGCAUACUCGUUUGGGUAUGUAGUAAUUGAGCUAUUGGAAAUUUUGAGGCGAUGGAUUUGGUGUUUUAUCAAAUUGGAAAGUGAUUGGGUUAAAUUGAGAGUACAAGAGCUGGGACAUCCUAAACAACCGGCAGGAGACAUUGAAUUGGAGAAUAUUGAGACGCGGUAG